GUCUGACCCCUGUUAAUGGACUCUGAUGUUUGUGUCUCCCAGGUGGUGACACUGUGGUACCGACCUCCUGAGGUUCUGCUGCAGUCCAGUUACGCCACACCAGUGGAUAUCUGGAGCACCGGCUGCAUCUUUGCUGAGAUGUUUAGACGCAAACCUCUGUUCUGCGGAGAAUCCGAAGUGGACCAGCUUGGGAAAAUUCUUGAGGUUAUUGGCUUGCCACCAGAGGAGGAAUGGCCGACUGAUGUUACACUCUCAAGAAAAAACUUCCCCCCUCUCUUACCUUGCCCAAUCACUGACUUUGUUCCAGAGAUAAAUGAGCAGGGGGCGAAACUAUUGCUGGAAAUGCUGACCUUCGACCCUUUGAAACGAAUAUCUGCCCUGACUGCCCUAGAACAUCCAUAUUUCCAGGAUGAGGAGACAUUGACUCAGACAAAAAGUUGAAAUGAUGGGGUUAAACAUGCUGCGAGAGGUAACAGUGUCUAAGUUUAGACCUGGCCUAACCAUAAAGGAUUUCAAUUUCAUUUAGUGCGUUGCCUUUCAAGACAUCUGGGUUAUGCUUUGGGAUAUUUUUGUCACUCCUGCAUCAAAAAAGGAUUAAAGCCUGAGAAAUGGAAUAAAAAAAAAAAAAAGAAGAGGAUUGAACUUAAGGAUCACUGGCAUGUGUUACAACAUGUAAGUGUCACAGUUAAUGAUGUUAACAUGUCAUGUCUUUAAGGACAGUACCAGUGUUUUGAUGUCUGAUUGUCAGUCAGCAGGGACUGAUCCACAGAAACAUCCGUCAGCGCCUCUGAAAUGUUGCUCUUGUUAUUUUUGUACAGUGUUUAGACAAAAGGUCAAAAGGACAAGAUGUCUUCUUUGCUCGUUACAGCCUGAACAAAGUUUGACAGAAGUGACACCUCAGGGUUAGAACAGCCAGUCGUAAGUGAUCACUAGUAUUUCUGUUAAUAUUUAUCAUACGGAAGGAACGCCAUAGGCCUGUGACGUGCAUCAAGCUGUUUGAAAUCAUGGGGACAAGAAAGAACAGUCUGAAGUAGUAGAACGAAAAACUCACAAGAAAGACGCACAUGACAAAAAUACUGGUAUUGCCCUUAGAUACUCACAAAGUGAAGUGUCUUUUAUCGGAGGACUGAAGGGUUGGAUUUCAUUUCAUAGUUGACAUUUUUUGCUAAAUCCAUCUGAAAUCAACCAGCACUGCAACUACAAAUGAAUAAAAACAGUUUUAAUCAAA